CCUCCUUUCGCUCGAUACGAUCCUGACCGAAAAAGACAGUGCCCCCAGCGUCAGCCGUGAAAAGCCCCAAUAAACAAAUCAAAGGAAUUCAGAGGUUAAAGAGGAGUACAAAAUGGGAAGUACUGACAAGGCCGUAAUCACUGGUUUCAUAUGCAGGCUCUGUAGUAAAAUGAACCGAUUUGUAAUUCACAUUUACGGAGAAGAAGGCGAAAGAAUGAAACUUGCGGAGAAAAUCAACACUUACUUGCCAAUUACGAUCGAUAUAAAUGAUCCUUUACCGAAAACGGCAUGCUUGCACUGCAUCGAGCGACUGCAAGCACAUCACGAUUUGAUGGAGCAAUUUAAGCUCGUCAAACAAAGGUUGGCUUACAUAAGGCAUCAGAAGGCAACCCCGACGACGUCGUCUACGAGCACAACGAUCGACUCGGCAGCAGCCCCUAAUUCACAUUCAUGUUGACCUACACAAGCUUAAAACCUUAAUUUGUGAUUACGAAGACCCAUGUGUCCUGUAAUUUUGCUCUUCCCUUCUCGUCUGCCGGUUCCAUUUAUUCAAGAUAGGAUUUCUCUUAACCUGCCAGGUUCACCGAAAGGUACGCGUUAAGUCGCAGGUUUCGACAUAAAUGGAGAACGGACAUAGACGAGUUUAAUGGGAAUCAAAAUAGGAAGAUUUGACAAACAUCAGAUGUUUCAGCCCUCUCAUUUUGUAACGAUGGUAAACAUUUUUCUAUGAAAAUUCAUCGUUACCAAUCAAGUAUGUUUGAUGUUUCUCUUUGACUCUUUUCUAAUUAUCUUUUCAUGUGUCCGAAAAAUUGCUUUGACAAACUCUCCUACCCUGUACUUAAGUAUCUAUUCCGUUGUCUAUCCUCUUCGUCGAAGUAUUCAUAGUGUGUAUAUUUUCUUUUUCUAACAACAGUUUUAUUAUAAAAACAUAGAAUUGCUGAAAAAGAAAAAAAAAUAGAAGAGAAUUAAUUUUUUACAAGGUGCAAUGAGGUUGUGAAUUAGGAAGAGAGGCACCUCGUAUCGAUUCUAUCUCUUAGAGGGCAUGUGGAAUUUUGAUCUUAAGAAUUUAGCGUCAUAACACUCGCGAGAUCGGUCGUACUAUACCCUUUUCAUAUUUUCUGUAUGGAGGAGUUCCUGACUAGGCUAUCCUAGUGGAUACUGGGAUGUCGAUACUGUUCCGAUUAAUCAUUGUAACUAAUGCACGGUACUUCGUAUUGGAAGAAAUAUAUAAAAAUAUAUAAUCAAUAUUUUUUUUUCUCAAAAGAUUCCAGAGAAGACUAUCAUUUCUUGAAUAGCUUGAUAAAUUCUGAAGCAAGCAUUUUCUAAUGAUCAGUUUUGAAAAUAAUCUUACCGAGACGCCCAAGUGAAUCGAUACGAUUUCAGUACAUUACAUUUGCUACGAAAGAUCACCAAUUGUACGCCACAGUUUAGAAUGAAACUCGUCCCGUCGAAAGAAGUAAUAAAUAGUAGGCGAAUCCCGUGUGUCUCUAAAAGAUACGUUUUUUUACGUAGGCACGAAUGUACACAUAACCCCCCAUGUGCAUUCACCUAUAUAUUACGUGUGUACAUAAAAAGUGAUUUUUUUUUUCAAUACGAAGUAAGGAUUACAAAGUUGCCCAUCUAGAAACUUGGUUCUUCCAGCUCUCUCAUUUUCACAAUUCCCACCAUAAUUCCGUAAUUACGGGGUACGCGAAGGGAGCCCUCCUUUUUUAAAGUCCCUUCCGACACAGUGUAUUUUACAAGCUCUCCAUUUCCCCUUAAGUACUCUAUACCUAAUCGAUGAAAAACCGGGAAGUAAACAAGCGAGCUUCUCCGCCAACUUCCCGAAGCGUGUUGCUAUAAUUAGCCAGUGGUGCAUACAGAGAGUAUCGUCGAAAACGCAACAGGCCGAGACUAGGCGGUGAGAAAUAUAGAACCAAGUUGACAGUUGGCACAUCGUAAUUCCUCGACCGCGACGGAAUUAAAACCGGAGGCUCGUCUCCAAGUUCGGCGCGUGGGCCGUAAAAGCGGACCCCGACGUCUGUACAAUUAAUCUAGAAUAUACACGCACUCUAUCAUGUUUUUUAACGUAAGGUCUUGCGGGACCUCUCGGCCACGUUUUGGCCGUGGCGCGAGAUAUCUAUACAUAUAUUGAUAUGACAUAUAUAUAUAUUUAAUAAAAAUAAUAAAUAUAAAAAUUA